UGCAGAACAAUACAAAUACUCCCGUAUAUCACAGAUCAAUGGUUAAAAAAGGGGGAGGGAUGGCUUGAGAGGAAAGGAAAAAGCCACGAGUGAUCAAUAUCUGACUGUCUUUUUGCAAAUUGCUGCAGUGUUUUACAGGAGUAGUGUAUUCUGAAACGGAUUGACAGAGCGGGGCAAAGGAGCCACAUGUCACAUGUGCUUCAUAGGAAGAAACGGGGCAUCUGAUAGCUGGAUCUGGAGGAGGAUGCUGCGGCAAGUGAUACACAGAGGGCUCAAAUCUUCUUUCUACUGGCUCGGUUUAUUUGUUAGCAGGCAUCCGGUUUUUUUCCUUACUGUUCCCGCUGUUUUAACCAUCAUCUUCGGAUCCACCGUUCUGAGCAGAUUUAAGCCCGAAAGAGAUCUAGAGAUAUUGGUUGCCCCAACCCACAGUCUGGCUAAAAUAGAACGGAGUCUAGCGAACAGUCUUUUCCCCAUUGACCAGUCCAAAAACAAGCUGUAUUCAGACCUGCACACUCCCGGCAGAUAUGGCAGGCUGAUCCUGCUCUCGAAAUCCGGGGGAAACAUUUUGGAGCUGGCUGAUCAAGUCCUGAAGGUCCACAAAGCGGUGCUGGAUUUGCGGGUUAAUUACAAAGGUUUCAAUUACACUUUUGCGCAUCUCUGUGUCAUGAGCCACAGGGAUAAGAAAUGCCUUUUGGAUGAUAUAAUUACAAUUUUCAGAGACAUUCGUCAAGCUGCCUUUUCAAACAGCACACCUUCCAAGGUGCAAGUGAGUUACCCAAAUACAACAUUAAAGGAUGGAAGGAUCUCUUUCAUCGGUCACCAGCUGGGAGGGGUGACACUUGUUCCAAACAGCAGAGAUCACCAGGUGAAGUUUGCCAGAGCUGUUCAAAUAACAUACUACCUCCACAACUAUGGCUCUGCAUCCCAGGAUGUCAUCGCUGAGAAGUGGGAAAGUGAAUUUUGUAAACUUACACACAGGCUGUCUCUUGUCAGUGAAGAUCUUUAUAUCCAAUCCCUUACCUCUUUCAGUCUCUGGAGAGAUUUUCACAAGACAGGCAUGUUGGCCAAGAGUCAGGUGUUAGUCAGUUUGGUGUUGGUUCUCCUGGCUGCCACCAUCUCUAGCUCUAUGAGGGACUGUCUGCGAGGAAAGCCCUUUCUUGGGCUACUGGGAGUUCUCACUAUCUGCAUCGCCAAUGUUACUGCAGCAGGGAUAUUUUUCAUAUCGGAUGGGAAGUACAAUUCCACACUGCUUGGAAUCCCCUUCUUUGCCAUGGGACAUGGAACAAAAGGCGUUUUUGAACUUCUUGCUGGUUGGAGAAGGACAAGGGAAAACCUGCCCUUCAAAGAAAGAGUAGCAGAUGCCUUUGCUGAUGUGAUGGUGUGCUACACCAUGACCAGUUCCCUGUACAUCAUUACCUUUGGAAUGGGAGCCAGCCCCUUCACCAACAUUGAAUCUGUGAAAAUAUUCUGCCAGAACAUGUGUGUUACAAUUCUUGUGAACUACUUUUAUGUCUUUUCUUUUUACGGCUCCUGCUUGGUUUUUGCAGGUCAGCUGGAGCAAAACCGGUAUCACAGUGUAUUCUGCUGUAAAAUACCUUCUGCAGAGUACCUAGAGAAGCAACCCACCUGGUUCAAGACCAUGAUGAGUGACGGGCAUGACAUUUCCACUCAUCAUGACAGCAUUCCUUAUCAAAAUCACUUCAUUCAGCACUUUCUGCGAGAACACUACACGGAAUGGAUUACAAAUACUUAUGUCAAGCCUUUUGUUGUGAUAUUAUACCUGAUUUAUGCAUCAUUUUCAUUUAUGGGAUGUUUACAAAUUAGUGAUGGGUCAAACAUCAUUAACCUUUUAGCUAGUGAUUCACCAAGCGUCUCCUAUGCUCUUACACAGCAAAAAUAUUUCAGCAACUACAGUCCUGUGAUUGGGUUCUAUAUUUAUGAGCCAAUAGAAUAUUGGAAUACCACUGUUCAAGAUCAUCUGAAGACUUUAGGUCAGGGGUUUAAUAAAAUAUCUUGGAUUGAUCAUUACUUUCAGUAUUUAAAAGUUGUUAACAUCAGCGCAUCAACCAAAAAUGACUUCAUAACUGUCCUGCAGAGUUCAUUCUUAAGGAAACCACAAUUUCAACAUUUUAAGGACGACAUUAUUUUUUCCAAAACAGUGAAUGAGGUUGAUAUCAUUGCAUCCAGGAUGUACAUGGUAGCCAGAACCACAGAGAAAACAAGAGAGGAGGUUUUGGAAUUGUUGGAGAGACUGAGGCCACUUUCUCUCAUCAAUAGCAUCAAAUUUAUAGUGUUUAACCCUACCUUUGUGUUUAUGGACCGAUACAGUUCCUCUGUCAUUUCCCCAAUCCUGACCUCUGGAUUUAGUGUCUUGAUUGUUUUAAUCUUGACAUUCUUCUUAGUGAUUCACCCUCUUGGUAACUUUUGGUUGAUACUGACAGUAACCUCAGUAGAGCUGGGAGUUCUUGGCUUAAUGACAUUAUGGAAUGUAGACAUGGACAGCAUAUCUAUUCUGUGCCUUAUUUACACUUUGAAUUUUGCAAUGGAUCACUGUGCACCCCAUCUUUAUACUUUUGUAUUAGCCACUGAGCACACAAGAACUCAGUGCAUAAAGAUCUCAUUAGAGGAGCAUGGAUCAGCCAUUUUGCAAAAUACAUGUUGUUUUCUCAUUGGUUUGAUGCCCUUAGUGUUUGUGCCUUCAAACUUGACCUUUACGCUGUUUAAAUGUUCUCUUCUUACUGCCGGUUGCACAGUUCUACACUGCUUUGUCAUAUUACCUGUUUUUUUAACAUUUUUUCCUCCAUCCAAAAAGAGACAUAAGAAAAAGAAACGUGCAAAGAGAAAGGAAAGGGAAGAGAUUGAAUGCAUUGAAGUCCGAGAUAACCCUGACCAUGUAACCAAUGUUUGAUGUAUUGUGGUUGAAGAACAAGUGGAAAACAAUAGAGCAUAUCACAUUCAAAACUGGGGUUAAAAUGCAGCACUUCACAGGGUUUAUGAGCAAUAGUGUUGCCCUUUUCUAUGUUAUAAUGACCAAUUCACAAAACAAACAUAUAGUAUUUAAUAAGUCAAUUCUCAUAAUCCACCAGUGUUUCAACUUUAGGAAUAGAACGGUCUUGCGACAGAGGUGAAAAGUAAUUAUUUGAUUCAUCAUAAGCAACACAAAUACCUGGUGUAAUAUUUUUCUCCACUUAAUACCUUUAAAGCUGUUGGGUUUUAAUUUUUUUCUUUCUCCUAUCAUAGCCUAAGAGAACUUCUUUAAGAAAUGUCAUUCCACAGUUGUACUGUACGAAUAUAAAAGUAAUAAUCCAAGUAUAUAAAGUAAAAGUGAAUCAUAUAUAACAUACACAGUGUACUGGGGUUGAAAAAAGGAACUGUAGUAAGAGGGAAAAAAACAUGAUAUACACCUUAACUGAUGAUACAUUAGCAGAAUGCAUUUUAUGGUUAAUGGUCCAUUUAUUUUUUUGUUAUUUUAGCAUGUGUAUACAAAUCUUAUGAUGUUGUUUUUUAAUCCUUCUUUGACACAAUUGUAUUAGAAGUAUUAUAGCAUAAUGCAUUUCCUUUGCCUUAAUGCAUUUCAUUAGUUGAAUUAGGGUUUGUAGAAUACUGAUAAGAUCUAACAGAAAAAUCAUUUUAAAAAUGCAAUGAUACUGAGUUUCAACUAAUCUUUUUGGUUUGUUUAAACAGCUUAAUCCAUAAUCCAUCAGUGAAGAUGAUCCCAAACAUCUCAUAUCGUAUUACUUAAUUGCCUCAACAGAAAUAUGAGUGCCAGAUUAGACUAUUGUGAAGGCUUGAAACCUAUGGAAGAUAAAGGCAGUAGUUAUAUAACAAUAUAACCAAGACAGGAGGCUUGAAAUUUGUGCAAUCAGUGGGGUGCUUGGACAUUAGCACAGUGAACUCUGUGUGUGUUUUUAUAUUCUGCAAUAGAAAUGAAUUCAUAUGGUUUUCAAUAGACUCAUGAAUGAUGAACAACAUUGCAAUGUACUGUACAAGACCUACAUUGAACAAAUUUAUCAUUACACUCUACAGGUGUUCUAAAAUACCAAAUUAUCUUAAUUCAAUGUAAAUUGAACUACAAGGUCUGUCAU